UUGACAGGUUUUAAUUAUUUAGUUGUCAGUAUCAAACAAAUACAUAUUCAAUUUCAAUAAAAACUUUAAUUUAAUUCUUAAUAAAAUAAUAGUUAUGUAGAGAGUGAUAUGCAUUAAAUUGUACCUAUGACUGGAGCUAACGUCCAAUUUCAUAACCCUCCUCCCUUGUAUCAUGAACAUGGGGGGACUGUCGUGCCAAGUGGUUCUGUAGAAGCAGGUGCACCCCCUACAUAUGAAGAGGCUAUAAAUCCAAAUGCUCCACCUCCUUCAUAUGAUUCCCUCUUCGGAAGGGUACGAGAGGCUCAAAAAACUAGCAAAGGUGUUUUGGAGUUUAUGAAAAAUAUUGUUAUUAUAGUUUUAGGAACACUUGGUUGUACAAUAAUAUUAGGAGUUACAAUUGUUAUUCCAAUAUGCAUGAUAGUUAUGGGGUCCAUUUAUUUACAUGACUGUCCUCAAGGGGAAUACAUUCCUGUAUAUUUAUUAGUAGGCGGUAUAUUUGGUAUAGUCAAACAACUUUUACAUUUGUCGGCAAGAGUGAGGCAAACAGAAGAGGAGAGGCAAGAAGAAAAUUUAAGGCAAUCUCCAACACAAACAUUAUUAAAUUGUUUUAUGCUUGGAUGGUUUAUAAUAGGUUCCGUUUGGGUGUAUAAAGAAUAUGAACCAAACUAUGAUCCGACUUUUGGCAAAUAUUGCAACAAAAAUUUAUACUUGUUUGCCUUUUGGUUAAUAACAUCUGUGUAUAUAUUAUUAGGUAUGGUUACAGUUUGUUUGUGUUCCAUUAGUAUAGCAACUGUGGUAUUUCACACCGAACAAAGAGACGAAAAUGAAGUCAAUGGCCGCCUUUGGUAAAAUGAAAUAAUG